AUGAGUAGGAAUCAGGACGUGUUCCCUGUGUUGGACCUAGAGGAGCUGGUUAUAUGUCUACAAAGCUGUGAUUUUGCGCUGGCCACGCAGGAAAACAUUGCUAGGCCGACUUCAGACUAUAUGGUAACUCUUUACAAGCAGAUCAUUGAAAACUUCAUGGGCAUUUCUGUGGAAUCACUGUUGAAUAGCAGCAACCAGGAAACAGGCGAGAAUUACUUGCAGGACGAGAAUGAGAAUAUUUACUCUGACACAUUGAAUGUGCUGGUGCUGAAUAAGAUUUGCUUUAAGUUCUUUGAGAAUAUUGGUGUCCAGGAUUUCAAUAUGACUGAUUUGUAUAAGCCUGAGUCACAGAGAACCCAGCGUCUCCUAAGUGCGGUGGUGAAUUACGCUCGCUUCAGGGAAGAACGAAUGUUUGAUUGUAAUUCCUUUAUCCUCCAAAUGGAAUCUUUAUUAGGGCAGCUUCGAUCCAAAUUCGACGAUUAUAACUUAAUCCAACAACAACUGAAACAGUAUGAGGAUUUAGGCGGGGCAAAUAUUCCUGAUGGAGAAGAGCUGCAAAAAUUAGAAGAACAAAACAAAGACCUGGAGAUUCAGUUGAAAAAAUUGACCAAGAUUCAAGAAACGUUAUCCAUAGAUUACAAUGAUUACAAGAUCUCUAAGCAAACUAUAUUCAAAGAGCUGGAAACGCUGAGCUUCCAAAUAGUAGAGCUGGAGUCCAGCCGAGAUAAACUGAUCAAGAUUUCCAACACAGACACCAAAGAGUUGACUGAAGGGAUCAAAGAGUUGAGUGAUCUGCUAAAACAAAGGAAAAAGACCUUGAACGAUUUGACUGUGCAGCAAAAGAGCUUGCAGGACACAGUGGCGACGUUCGAAACCAUAAUCAGCGAGCUUUAUGACGUGCUGAGAAUAAUUUCUAGCGAAGUGCAAGAAUCUAAUCGAACGGAAACAGAACUGAUGGGAUUGAAGCAAAACUUAAUCAACAAUAAACUGAAACUGUUGAACGUGUUGGAGACUGGGAUCUUAUACAAGUUAGAGAUUUUACAAGAGCAACUGGAUUUACAACUAAAAAACUUGGAGAAAUUAUCAAAGGAUACUGAAGACGAAUCGCGAUUGAACGAUUCCAAGUUAAACGAAAUGCAAAUCAAAUACGAAAAUGAAAUCAAACCCAAGAUUGACAAGACAGAUGUUUUUAUUCAAGAUGAACUAAUCAAUGGUAAAAUUAAUAAAUUAAAUGAUGAAAUUAAACAAUUACAAAAAAACUUUGAAAUGGAAAUUAAAGAGAUUGAAAUUGAGUAUUCUUUGUUAUCUGGUCAUAUUAAUAAAUACAUGAAUGAAAUGCUUGGAUAUAUGCAGUAG